AUGCGAGUUGUUGUCAGCAUUUUGCUGCUGAUUCUUCUCCACUUCGUCGCCGCCGACGAUAAAUCCGAAUGCCUGUCGAUGUGCAAAGACAAAUUUGUUGGAACCGCAGCCGAAAAAUCGGCCUGCGAAGCGGGUUGUGAGGCGAGAAAAUCGAUUGCCAAAGACAUUUUUGGCUUCAGCCUGUGCUCUGCGGAUUGUGUGAAAAUGUAUUCGAAUGAGACGAUGGUGGAUGAGGAGGAGGAAAAUGAUAAUGGAGAGUUGAAAGCCUGCAAGUUCGCGUGCUCUUUGCCAUAUGAAGCGAGUUAUACUGUGAGUUGCGGAAAUUUGAGCCGAAGGUUGACAAGUUUGCGUGAAGAGCUCUCAUAUUUCUUUGUUAGACACGAGCUGAGAUGUGCGAUAGAGCGCACUUGCUUUAGCGCUGAUUCACGAACAAAAAACGGUUUUUUAACAUUGAAAGAUCAAUUCGUGAAAAGUCAUAGGUCAAAAUUAGUUUUUUCGUUUUUUCAGUCAAAAAUGAUGACAAAUCGAGAUUUUUGAAGCGUCUUGAGUGAAUUCUGGUGAAAAUUUCGAAGAAAUCAAUAAAAUGAGGGAAAAUAGGGCUUAUUUUCAUCAGAAAUCACUCCAGAAGCUUCAAAAAUAUCGAUUUGUCAUCAUUUUUGACUGAAAAACUCGAAAAAAGUAAUUUUAUCCUAUGACUUUUCGUGAAUUGAUAUUUCGAUGUUGAAAAAACAUUUUUUGUCAGAGACUUCGUGGGUGGUCCAAUUUUUUUCGAUUCUGUCAGAAUUUUUUCUGAGAACACCCGAUUUUCCACUUCAACACGCAAUGUUCUCACGAAAGUUUAAUUAAAAAGUUUUAUUUUUGCUUCGAAUUUUUUUUUGACAGAAAAUAAGGCAUUCUAAGUACAUACAAGAAGAAAAAAUGAAAAUUUUUCACUAUUUUCAUUCUCCAGAUGACCCUCGACACAUCUGGCCCCGAGCCAAAAUGGAAAAUCCAACAAGAAACUUCGGGCUCCGCCUCAUCCGCCUCAAUCUUCGAUCAAAAUGAAGAUGCCUUCAAAACCCUCUCCAAUAUUUUGCUAAAACCCCGAAUUUUCACACCGCCAUCAAAAUCCGAUAAUGGGCUUUUCUUGUGAGUUUUUCUCCUUUUUUUCUCAUUAUUUUUUCUUUGUGAGUGUUUCUUCCAAUGAAGAAUUCCUUCAGAACUUCGGACGACGUCAAAUUGGACAAAAGCCAACAAUUUUUGCAAACAAUUGUUCGACGUGUUAUGAGUGAUGCUCAAAAGCAAAUGGAAGAAAUGACGGGAAGACCUUCGGGACAUGGAAUGAUUGCGUUGAAGGGGCCUGAAGUUGGAAAUCAGGGUUAUGAUGGGCGGCCGAUUAUUCGACAAUUCAACAUUGAGGAGUAUGAAGACUAUUUGCAACGUAAUCAACGUGGGAAACUUUGCCUGCCACGUCAUAAUUCAUUUUCAAAAAUCAAUUUUUUGCAGAAAUCCAUAAUCAAUCGAUUCGCUGGCUCAUUUUGACGAUGGCUAUUCUUUUCCUCAUCAUUUCUGGACUUGGAAUCAUCUUGUUCAUUAGAAGACCGAAAAUUGAGCAUUAUGUGAGUUUUGGAAGAUUUUCAGCGUGAAAAUAACCUCUGAAAAUUGAAAGCGAAAAAUCUGGAAAUUCUGGAUUUCUUGGCUGAAAAUGCUAUAAAAAUUCCAAUUAAAACAAAAGAUUUUCAGCCUGAAAAUAACCUCUGAAAAUUUAAGGCGAAAAUUUGGAAAAUACCAGAUUUCUUGGCUGAAAAUGCUAUAAAAAUUCCAGUUUUAAAAUGAAAUUUUGAAAAUCGGACCUAAUUUAAUAAAACCAAGAUUCUCAGCCUGAAAAUAACCUCUGAAAAUUUAUAGCGCAAAAUCUGGAAAUCCUGGAUUUCUGGCCACAAACUCUAGAAAAAUUCCAAUAAACCUCCAACUGACCAGGUCUCUUGCGGGAUUUAGGUCUUUUAAAAAUUUGGGAAGUUAUUUUAUUCACCCUAUUUAUUUUUCGAUUUCAUGUGAAUUACCCCUUUUUUCUCUCUCCCUUUGAUCUCACUAUUUUUAUGUGCCGGUUAAUUUAUAACAUUCUAAAUAAAAAAUUCAAAAUUCAAUAAAAAAAAAGAUUUUCAGCUUGAAAAUAACCUCUGAAAAUUUGAAGCGAAAAAUUUGGAAAAUCCCGGAUUUCUUGGCUGAAAAUGCUAUAAAAAUUCUACAACCUAUUUUUCAACUGAAAAUUUCAGAAACUUGGAAUUUUUUUUAGCUUUUUGUAGAACUUUUAAGGGGGAAAUCAGGAAAUUUCUAGAAUUUGGUAUUUUCAGCAGAAAAAUAGGUUUUAUAGCAUUUUCAGCCAAGAAAGUCGAGAUUCUCUAGAAAUUAAUUUGAAGAUCUUUUCAAGCUAAAAAUGUUUUGGUGCCCAAUUUUUCAAGUUUCUGGAAUUUUCAGCUGAGCUUAAAAAUUUACAAUUCAGACCAGAUUAAUUUCUAGAGAAUCCCGGAUUUUUUGGCUGAAAAUGCUUCAAAACCUAUUUUUUUGCUGAAAAUACCAAAUUCUAGAAAUUUCCUGAUUCCCCACUGAAAGUUUUACAAAAAGCUGAAAAAAUUCCAAGUUUCUGGAAUUUUCAGUUGAAAAAAGGUUGUAGAAUUUUCAGCCAAAGAAAUCCGGGAUUUUCCAGAUUUUUCGCUUUAAAUUUUCAAUUCCAAUUCAAUAGAAUUCAAGAAAUUUUCUGAUUCCCCGCUACAAAAAGCUGACAAAAUCCCAAGUUAGCCCAACUAAGUCCAGGAUAAUCCUUCGGGAAAUCCCACCAUGAUUUUGGCCCUAAAGCAUAAGCUCACGGGUCCCACAACGAAAAAAAAAUAAUUUCGCCCCUUGUUUUGCAGACCACCGUCGAAUCCUCUCAAUUCCAACAUCCACCAACCUUCGGUCAAAUCCCAGCCAAAAAAUCCAUGAUUUCCGAAGAUGCCGAAUCGAAUUGGACACAAAAAGAGCCGGAAGGUGAAGCUCCACCAGCCUAUGAUCAAGUUUCUGUUCACAAACUUCCAUGA